UGCUCGAUCUCAGAGCUUUGGGGACAAUCUUCGCCAAUUGAAGCAGCUCUACACCAUCUUCCCGCCAUGGGUCUCCUGCAUCACUGUUCUCCAGUUCCUACGGCUCGCUUCCUUAUUCCGCACCGUAUUAUCAUGCCCCUUCGCUACUCCUCCCCACGACUCCUCACCGUAAGGUCCAGUCUUCCAUUUCCAAGUCAGAAGGCCAAGUAUCACAGAGAGCUCGAGGCUGCUGUGCAUGUUGUGGAGAGAGCUUGUCGUCUUUGUGUUGAUGUGAAGAGGUCUCUUUUGUCUGGUGAUGGACGGAUUCUGGAAAAGAACGACCAAACACCGGUCACUGUUGCAGAUUUUGGAGUGCAGGCCUUGAUUAGCUUGGAGCUUGGAAAACUAUUUCCUUCCAUUCCCUUGGUGGCUGAAGAGGACUCUGCAUUCUUAUGUUCAAAUAAUCUGGCAGAUCUUGUGGUAGAUGCUGUAACUGGUAAAGCUAAAUUUGGAGAUAAACAAUUGACACAUGAUGAUGUACUGGAUGCAAUUGACAGAGGUGGGAAGGAUGCCUUUACUUUUGGAGCUAAUCCGGCUACAUAUUGGGUACUGGAUCCAAUUGAUGGAACUCGGGGAUUUCUAAAAGGUUGUGAGGCCUUAUAUGUGGUAGGUUUGGCUCUCAUAGUUGAAGGAGAAAUUGUAUUAGGUGUUAUGGGCUGCCCUAACUGGCAGGAAGACUUGUCCAGUACUGAAGUUCAGGAAGAUGAAAACAAGCCAUCUGGACCAGGGAUCAUUAUGGUUUCUCAUGUUGGCUGUGGAACAUGGAUCAAGAGGUUUUAUAACAUUCUGGAUAUUUCUCCCAACAUGCCAGAUUGCUGGAAUAGAUCCUUUGUUGAUCAAUGUUGCUUAGUUCACGAGGCACGCUUUUGUAUUCCAGAGAGUCAAACUUGGGAAUCAUUGCCACUAUCUGAUGUGAAAGCUAGUGCUGAUGGCAUUAGUAUUGCUGAUAAAGAAAUUCUUCUUUUGCCGACAUGCUGUGGAAGUUUAUGCAAGUAUUUAAUGGUGGCUUCUGGUAGGGCAUCUGUUUUCUUUCUUCAAGCCAGAUCUGAAAAAACUAUAAAGGUUUGGGAUCAUGCUGUUGGUGUGAUAUGUGUGCAUGAAGCAGGAGGAAAGGUUACCGACUGGAAUGGGAGUCAACUUGACAUUGAGGUGGAUCAAGUUGAGCGAAGAGUUAUAUUUCCUUCAGGUGGUAUCCUGGUGUCAAAUGGCAACUUACAUGACCGGAUCCUGGAGAUGAUUUCUUCCAGACUAUCAUUUUCUUGAUGGUGGACAUGCUCUACUUGAUCUUGUUCGUGUCAUUUUUCUUUUCUUUUUUCAAAAAUUCAUGUGAUAUUAUUUAGCAAUUCUUUGGGUGACUUAGUCUGUACCCUUGAAAUGAAAUAUGCUAUUCUUUUUCUGGACAUUUAUACACCACUCACUAUACUACUGUCGGGCCUA